CCGAGCUGUCGCGAGUCCGAGCAGACAGGCAGAUCCGGGGACAGCCCGCGUGCCCGAGGACCCCCGCGGCGGCGCUGCUUGGCGGGAAGUGGGAAGUUUCAAAGCAGAGUUGUGGAGUGGUUGCUCGCGGGAAAUGAAGCUGCACUGCGAGGUUGAGGUAGUCAGUCGGCACCUGCCGGCUUUGGGGAUGAGGAACCGGGGCAAGGGCGUGCGGGCGGUGUUGAGCCUCUGUCAGCAGACGUCCGGGAGUCGUCCGCGGCCUCGGGCUGGAGGCGAGCGAGGCGGCCCGCACCCCACCUGCCUGGUCAUCUGCACCCUGAGGGACAAGCGCGGGACCCGCUAUGAGCUAAAGGAGAACAUUGAGCAGUUCUUCACCAAAUUUAUGGAUGAGGGGAAAGCUACUGUUCGGUUAAAGGAGCCUCCUGUGGAUAUCUGUCUAAGUAAGGCCAAUUCCAGCAGCUUAAAGAGUUUCCUUUCAGCUGUGAGACUCGCUCAUAGAGGUUGUAAUAUUGAGGUGCCACUUUCAACCUUCACACCAGUAAAGACUUCAGAAUUUGAAAAAUUUAAAACGAAAAUGAUUAUCACAUCCAAAAAGGACUAUCCUCUAAGCAAGAACUUCCCAUAUUCUCUGGAACAUCUUCAGACUUCUUAUUGUGGGCUUGUCCGAGUUGAUAUGCGUAUGCUUUGCUUAAAAAACCUUAGGAAACUAGACUUGAGUCACAACCAUAUAAAAAAGCUUCCAGCUACAAUUGGAGACCUCAUCCAUCUUCAAGAACUUAACUUGAGCGACAAUCACUUGGAAUCAUUUAGUGUAGCUUUGUGUCAGUCUACACUCCAGAAGUCACUUCGGAGUUUGGAUCUCAGCAAGAACAAAAUUAAGGCGCUCCCUGUGCAGUUUUGCCAGCUCCGAGAACUUACAGAUUUAAACCUUGACGAUAAUGAAUUGAUUCGAUUUCCUUUCAAGAUAGGACAGUUGACAAACCUGCGUUUUUUGUCAGCAGCUCGAAAUAAGCUUCCAUUUUUACCUAGUGAAUUUCAAAAUUUAUGCCUUGAGUACUUGGAUCUUUUUGGAAAUACUUUUGAACAACCAGAAGCCCUUCCAGUUAUAAGGCUGCAAACGCCAUUAACUUUAUUGGAAUCCUCUGCACGAGCCAUAUUAUAUAAUAGGAUUCCAUAUGACUCUCAUAUCAUUCCUUUUCAUCUUUGCCAAGAUUUGGACACUGCUAAGACCUGUGUCUGUGGAAGAUUCUGUCUCAGCUGUUUUAUUCAAGGAACUACUACCAUGAAUCUACACUCUGUUGCUCACACUGUGGUCUUAGUAGAUAACAUGGGUGGUACUGAAGCACCUAUUCUCUCUUACUUCUGUUCUCUAGCCUGUUAUGUAAAUUCCUGUGAUAUGUUAAAGUAAUCGGUGGUACCACCGAAAGAAAUUACAUUUAGUUACAUAUCACCUUGGGAUUCAUUUAUGGUUUAAUAGUAUCAAAUUAGAGAAAGGGAAGCUUUUUGUAAACUUACUUGAAGGGAGGAAUGUCUUAUUCUAACAGUUUCAGUCAUUUGACUAUAAAACCUUAAUUUCAUUAAAACCUAUUAAUUUUAUUGUGAAAAUAGACUUUUAUCAGUUUAUUGCACUUUGUGCUGAUUUCAACUUAGUGUUUCCAGAAUGUGUUAUCUUUUAAUGUUAAACAUAUAUUGAUCCCUAUCACUCUGGUCAUAGAAUUUUCAUACCAAUUUCCUCCUUGAAUUUCAAUUAAAGAAAUUGAGUUUCUAUAUUAGACAAAAAAUAAACCUUGGAGGACUAAUAGAGUCUAAAUUUUAGUGAAAACUUGUUUGGUAUGAAACUUUGGUUUUCAGGUAUAUAAUUCUGCAUCUAAAAUUUCCUAUUCAUCAAGCAUAAAGUUGCAGUUGCUUUGGGAUGAACAGGCUUCAGCUUUUAUAAGUUUUAUAAUGUUAAUCACAUAAUCCUUAUUGUGAUUUCUGGUUUUUUAACUUUUAGAGUUGGAACAACAUUUUAGAGUUGGGUAGGAAGAACAUAAAAUUUCGUUUUACUGAUUACAUUCUGUAUUUGAGGGUUCUUUUUGUGAUUAUUAUUUUAGUCACUUAAUAUUUUCAAGAUUUUACUUUAAAAAGUGGUGGUUCAGCUAUAACAGCUUAACUAUGAUCAGGAUUUUAAGUAGGUUAGAGGGAAUAGAAAAUGUAGCUGCUUGAAAGAAAUGUGGAAAAUGGAAUCAGUAGAACUCCAUUCUGUACAUUUGCACGGCCCUUCUUCAAAUCAUUCUCAUAAUUGGUUUCUGGGAACAAAGGAGGUGAAACAGUAAAAGUUACUAGAGAAAACCUUCCCUAGUGUUAGCAUACCAUUGCUGUUCUGGGCCUGGAGUUACAGGUAGAGUCUGUGUAAGACUUCCUUACAGCUUUAGGGAACUACUGCUUCCUCUGUUCUAUUGAAGUAUUUCUUUGGAGUUUUAUGUUCUUUUCUGAAAAUACAGGUAUUGAGUAAAUAUGGUUUUAAACAUUAGGCGAUUUUGAAAGAAAUUUUUUUUUUAGUUUAUUUUUGAGAGUGAGCACAACGUGGGAUAGGAAGAGAAACAGGGAGACAUAGAAUCUAAAGCAGGCUCCAGGUUCCAAGCUGUCAGCAGAGAGCCUCACACAGGGAUCAGACUUCCAGACCAAAGGAUAUGUCCUGAGCCAAAGUCAGACCCUUAAGUGACUGAGCUACCUAGGCACCCCUAAAUGUUAGAAGAUUUUUAUUAAAACUUUAUGAUCUCCAAAACAGUUUCUUCUCAGAGCAGAUUCUUUGGUCCAGAGCCAUAAUUCUUUGGGUGACCUUAAAUUUGUAUUGCUUGUGGUCAAUUAAAUUCUUCCUGCAAAAAUUUCUAUAUUCUGGUUUUUCAUUAAAAAACAUAUAAUGUAAACUGGCUUAAAUAAAAAGAGCUGCCGUUUAGCUGGGUAUUUGUCAUAGGUGUUUUACAUACAGUAUUUUGUUUAAUCCUCGCAAAUUCCCCUAGGAGGGAGGUACUAUGAACCCAGAUCAGAGAUUUUAAGUCCAGGCUUUAUACUGCCUUCUAAAGUUAAUUCACUUUUGCUCUUUAAAACCAAGAAUUCUGUAAGUAAAGUAUCUUAGGAUUUUCUAAACUCAAAACGGUGAGGAAUUACCCAUUAUUAUGUAACUACUUUAAAACAUAGUUCUUUAAAAAAUGUAUUAUGACCUAUUUAACUUGUAUCUGAUUUUCAUAUGUUCUUGAAUAAAAAGUUCCUUCAUCAACAAAUGCA